UGGACUCCGGGCAGAGGCACAUCGGGCAGGACUCCGGGCAGCGGCACACCGGGCUGGACUCCGGGCAGAGGCACAUCGGGCUGGACUCCGGGCAGAGGCACAUCGGGCAGGACUCCGGGCAGAGGCACAUCGGGCAGGACUCCGGGCAGAGGCACAUCGGGCAGGACUCCGGGCAGAGGCACAUCGGGCAGGACUCCGGGCAGAGGCACAUCGGGCAGGACUCCGGGCAGAGGCACCAGGCGAAGCAGCAGGCAGCGGGCCACCAGGCGGAGCAGCAGGCCCGGGCCCCCAGGCGGAGCAACAGGCACCGGGCCCCAGGUGGAGCGGCAGGCACCGGGCCCCCCAGGCGGAGCGGCAGGCACCGGGCCCCCAGGCGGGGCGGCAGGCAUCGGGCCCCCAGGCGGGGCGACAGGCAUCCGGCCCCAGGCG